CUAUGUGGUGAUGAUGCCAAAGAAGAGACAAGCAUUAGUGGAAUUCGAGGAACUGAAUGGUGCAUGUGCCUGUGUGAACUUUGCAGUUGAAAGCCAGAUCUAUGUGGGUGCACAGCCUGCUUUUGUUAACUACUCUACAAGUCAGAAAAUUUCCAGGCCUGGUGACUCUGAUGAUUCCAGAAAUGUCAACAACAUACUGCUCUUCACAGUGAUGAACCCUAUCUAUCCAAUUACUACGGUGGAUGUGUUGUACACAAUGUGCAAUCCAUGUGGACCUGCAAGAAUUGUAAUAUUUCGAAAGAAUGGAGUGCAGGCAAUGGUGGAAUUUGACUCUGUACAGAGUGCUCAGAGAGCAAAAGCGUCUCUCAAUGGAGCAGACAUUUAUUCUGGAUGGUGUACUUUGAAGAUUGAGUAUGCAAAACCUACUCGUUUGAACGUCUUCAAAAAUGAUCAGGACACUUGGGACUAUACAAAUCCUAAUUUGGGAGGACAAGGAGAUCCCAACAAGCGACAGCGACAACCAGCAUUGCUUGGAGAUCAUCCUUCUGAGUACGGAGCCCCACAAGGAGGAUAUAGUCACUAUCCAGAUGAUGACUAUGGCCCACCGGCCCUUAUGAGCGCCGUUAGGAUGGGAGGUCCACCUCCAGUGGGCGGUCCUCACCGAGGCCCACCCAAUCAACGUUAUGGGCCUCAGUACGGUCCUCCACCACCACCACCGCCACCAGAAUAUGGGCCUCAAGCAGAAAGUCCAGUGCUGAUGGUUUAUGGGUUGGAGCCUUCCAGGAUGAAUUGUGACAGAGUGUUCAACAUCUUUUGCUUGUAUGGAAAUGUGGAGAAGGUGAAAUUCAUGAAGAGUAAGCCAGGGGCUGCCAUGGUAGAGAUGGGAGAUGGAUUUGCUGUGGAUCGUGCCAUCAGCCAUUUAAAUAAUACCUACAUGUUUGACCAGAAAUUAAAUGUGUGUGUAUCCAAACAACAGGCUAUAAUGGCUGGUCAAUCAUAUGAACUUGAAGAUGGCACUUGCAGCUUUAAAGAUUUCUCUGGCUCAAGGAACAAUCGCUUCACCACUCCAGAGCAAGCUAGCAAGAACCGAAUCCAGCACCCGAGCAAUGUGUUGCAUUACUUCAAUGCCCCUCCAGAGGUGACAGAAGAUGCUUUCUGUGAGGUGUGCGAUGAGCUGGGUUUGAAGAGACCAUCUGCUUUCAAGUUAUUUUCUGGAAAGAGUGAGAGAAGUUCUUCCGGCCUGAUUGAGUGGGACACAAAGAACGAUGCCAUGGAAUCACUGUCCUUGCUGAAUCACUAUCAAAUGAAAAACCCAAGUGGUCCUUAUCCCUACACUCUGAAACUCUGUUUCUCCACGGUACAACAUGCAGCAUAAAGAUCAGAACACAUAUGGACUGCUAGCCACUCUAUUAUUGUGACUUGUAUUUUAGUAUUUUUAUGCUGUUGUUAAAGUGCAGUAAACCUUUCAUUCAUACAGAAGUAAUGAGCCACAGUUUGCAAUGAGUAUUCCAGUUUUUUUUUUAUUUUUUAGUUAUUGGUUUAACUUUUUUUUAAAAAGUAAAUCCAUAUUGUAGAAGUGAAAUAACUUUCAAUUUUAUCAGCUGUGAUUAGAUGAUGGAGAUCCCAGUGCUAUGAUUCAAUAAAGGACAAACAGUUCAACUGGCAUAAUUGUACCCUCUUUAUUUUAGGCUACAAUUGAAGGACUUUUUAUGGACUAUGAACAAGGGAAUCUCUCCAAGUAAUGCUCUGUGAUGGUCACAUUGGAUAAGCUGACUGGCAUUUGCCUCCUUUGUGGUUCCUUGUUCUUCCUGUUCUAUUGAAUAGCUGAAUAACUGGGAGAUUUGAGUUGAGUGAUUGUGUAUCAUUGCUCUACAUUUUAUUACAGAGUAUAUUGUCUUGCAGUUGGAUAUGGGAGGUUAUGUAUUUUCUGAUCCAUUUAAUGCAGUGGAAAGCAUGACCUCAGCUACUUGGGAAAAGGGUUAACUUGUGGUUCAUUCAUUUGUAUCAGACUUGCUCAUGGGGCAGAGGCCAGCUGCAUAUUGAAUAUUUACUGGAGGUUAAGGGAUCUGACAGAACACUUGACCAGUCAGGGUCCUGGCAGCAGCACACUUGGAGUAGGUGCCAGGAUCUGGAUUUAAGUGGAGGCAGCUGUAGUAUUUUGAUUGCUCUUCAGAAUGCAUGUGGUGUUUGAUCUUCAAUCAAUGGAAACGGUCAGUAAAUUUAAUCAAUAUGUGCAACAUCUCUGUGCACUGAGUUUCUCAGUUGUGUGCUUUUGUUUUCAGCCCUGGGCAGA